AUGGCUUUCUUGAGGCUUUUUAAACGCCAGAAAUACCACAAUUGCCUCGUACAGGCAAGGCCACAUCCCUUCGCUCGGGACUACUUCAAAAUUGAAAUGGAUAUUCCACGCCAAGAACAACGUGGUAAACACAAGAGGGUGUCUCUCUUGACCGUGGUUUCGGCUUGUGUUAAGCUACUCCGAGAUCCUUCAAGCUCCCAGAAGCUUCCGGCUCUGAAUCCAGAGCGGAAGUGUGGGAGGGUCCAUUUCAGGGUGAGAGGUACGACAAUUGACGAGGCCCUUGAGAAUCUCAGACAAUACUUGGUAGAAGUGCAGUAUCACUUCCAGGGAUCUUUCAAAAUGCAUGAGGGAUUCGUUUCGAUGCCGCUCAAGUGUCGCCGUACCACACACUCGCCAACCAUGUUUGUGAUGAGAUGGUGUGAAGGUGGAAGAAAUAGGUUCUUAAUCUGGCCAAUGAUUAUUGAGGUACCCAGUCUGAAAGACUCCUUGGAUGGGGCCUUGAGCAAGGAAAGAAUUGCAAAACUUCAACAUUUCAUGACCACCGUUAGGAAUUUACCUCUUAUUAUCCUCUAUAUAACCAGCUUUAGCCCAACGUACAAUUUACCCAAUGACACACCAAUGCUAAACAAAAAAUCCAACAUGCAAUCAACCCCAAAGAUCACACAUUUCUACUUCAGAAUCCCCUACAAUGAAGUCAAUAACAGCGCUAAAAUCAUCUCCAGUUCCCUCAAGCAAUUACUAGCAGACGAUACCACCAAAUGCCUGAGUACCCCAUCCAAAAAGCCCGGUUCUUGGACAGUGUGUUACAGCAUCACAACCUUCGAAGUGAAUAUCAGCAAAAGGCUUCAAGAACUGGAGCACUACCUACAUGUAAUGCAAACGCAGCUUGAAAUGGCUACUAAUCCUGCCCGGUACACAUUCCCGCUUAAGUACCAAUAUAGGUCCAACAGGGUGGGAUCUUGUCUGAUGGAAUGGUAUGAUGCGGGGCCUUCUGCUAUGACUCGGAAUACUCCGCCAAAGUUGUUCUAUAUAGUUGACUGA